UCGAGGCGGUUAGUUUGCAACGUGACCGGCGUAGAGCGCCACCGCCAUCGCGAACGGACGGCUCUCUCGCUCGUGUGUGCCUGUGCCUGCGGUGUAGUGUGUACAGAGAGUGUACGGCUAGAAUAUACAAGUGCAGUGGAAGAAGACGGGGCGCGAGAGCACGCAAAUCGAGGGACGUGAAACGCAGAAAGGAAAAAAACGCGCGUUCUCGCGCGAGCCUCGUUCGCGGAACCGUGUGGGCGCCCGACGAACGAGACGAGUUCGCUCGCCGUGCCGUGUCGUGCCGUGUCGUGCCUCCUCGCACUCUCUCUCGCGGAGAGUGCGCGCGCGCGCGCGCGCCAGUGUUUUGUGUGCCUGUGUGUGCGUGCGUGCGUGACGUGCGUAUACGAGAGGACGGGGCCGACGACGAGGAUCGUAUUGUUCCGGGGCGUUUAAUUAUGCCCGCGGCCAGGAAAAAGAGCUGCUGUCGCUCCUGCCUCUCUUCCUUCUCUUUCGUCACCGUAUUCUCCUCCGCCUGAAGAGAGUGCACCGAGUGCUGCGAGGCGCAUGCUUCCCCGCCCGCUCCCUCGCCAUUUUGGAGAUAGAAUGUUAAAUUCGGGAAUGGACUGACAGAGGAUCUGUUAAAGUCAGCAGAUUCAGGCAAGGAAUCUAAAUACGAUUCAACAAGGCAAGGUGUCUGGAGUAGGCCUCGGGCAUCUAAUUAUCAACAACUCGACUAUGCCAGCUGUUGCAAGGCCUGGUAGUUUGAAGGACCCAGAGAUUGCCGAAUUAUUUGAGAAAAAUGAUCCGGAGAAAAUAUUUGAGGAUCUGCGCGAGAUCGGGCAUGGUAGUUUCGGGGCUGUUUACUAUGCACGAUGCCUGGUUACCAAAGAAAUUGUUGCCAAAAAGAUGUCCUACUUGGGGAAGCAAACGGUGGAAAAAUGGCAGGAUAUUUUAAAAGAAAUUCGAUUUCUUAGGCAACUUAAUCAUCCUAACACUAUAGAGUAUAAGGGUUGCUAUCUCAGGGACCACACUGCCUGGUUGGUGAUGGAAUAUUGUCUUGGCUCUGCAUCAGAUAUUAUCGAAGUACAUAAAAGACCGUUGAAAGAAGAAGAGAUAGCUGCAAUAUGUGAUGGUGUGCUGCGUGGCUUGCAUUAUCUGCAUUCUCUCGGUAGAAUUCAUCGUGAUGUGAAAGCAGGAAAUAUUUUACUUACUGAAAAUGGUACAGUGAAAUUAGCUGAUUUUGGAUCCGCGAGUAUAAAAUGUCCAGCCAAUAGCUUUGUAGGGACUCCAUACUGGAUGGCACCUGAAGUUAUAUUGGCUAUGGACGAAGGGCAGUACGAUGGCAAGGUGGAUGUAUGGUCAUUAGGAAUAACAUGCAUCGAAUUAGCGGAAAGAAAGCCGCCUUAUUUUAAUAUGAACGCCAUGAGCGCUUUGUAUCAUAUUGCACAGAAUGAUACUCCAACGUUAAAUUCGCCAGAUUGGACUGAUGUUUUUCGUCAUUUUGUUGAGGUGUGUCUCACAAAAAGUCCAAUUGAAAGAUCGACAUCCGGGAAACUGUUAUCACAUCCAUUUGUCACCAGAUCACGUUCUCCUCAAGUUUUAAUAGAUUUGAUACAGAGAACGAAAGCUGCUGUCCGAGAAUUAGAUAACUUGAAUUAUCGUAAAAUGAAGAAAAUCUUGAUGAUUGACGCAUGCGAAACAGAGAGCACAGUGGGUGAUGCUGAUGAUACACCUGAUGAACAAACAGGUGGUGAUAGUAGCAAAAGUAAUUCGAUUACCUCAGAACAUUCAAUUCACUCGAUGGGCGUUUCAGCAAGCUCUCAAAGUUCCUCUACCAAUAGCCUGCCGCUACCGAAUGCUGAUGGUAAUGACUAUUCCUCAGGAUCUGUCAGAAAUCGGCAUAAAGUUUCAGCAGGUGGUGUCACUGCCAAUCUUCUUGAACAUGGUGCCAAUAAUUUUGCAACAAUUAGGACAACUUCAAUUGUUACCAAACAACAAAAGGAACAUAUGCAAGAGGAAAUGCAUGAACAAAUGAGUGGAUACAAACGAAUGAGAAGAGAACAUCAAGGAGCUUUGGUAAAAUUAGAAGAACGCUGCAAAAUGGAAAUGGAAUCACAUAAACAAUUAUUAGAUAAAGAGUAUGAAACUCUUUUGCAACAGUUUAGUAAGGAUCUUGAGAAAUUGCAACUUAGACAUCUGCAAGAGCUGGAACGUAAAUUAAAACAAAAUCAAAAUGCUGAGAAGAAACUUCAUAAAGAGAUAACAAGUAGACAGGAAGCUGAUCGUAAAGCUCUAGAAGCUCAACAGAAAAGAGAGUACAAAGCGUAUAAAGAAAGAUGGAAAAAGGAACUUUCUCAGGACGAAGUAACUCCAAAGAGGCAACGAGAUGCUACACUUCAAAGUCAGAAAGACAAUUUGAGACAAAUGGAGGCGCAAGAGGAACAACGGCUUGCGAGAGGACAACGAGAAUACCUGGAUCUUGAAAUUCGUAAAUUCCGUAGAAAAAAGUUACUCAUCUUCCACAGUCUGGAACAGGAGCUUCUUCGUGAGGAGCUGAAUAAACGACAACAGCAAUUGGAGCAGGCACAUGCUAUGCUCUUGCGACAUCAUGAAAAGACGCAAGAAUUGGAGUAUAGACAACAGAGAGCGGUACAUGCACUUCGUGAGGAUCAAGUGCAUCGACAGCAUACAACAGAGCUUUGUAAUCAACAGGAUUAUAUGCAAAGAGCCGAACGUGAUUUACGUAAAAAACAUGCGUUAGAACUUAAGCAACAACCGAAGAGUCUCAAGCAAAAAGAAAUGCAAAUUCGUAAACAGUUUAGAGAAACUUGUAAAAUACAAACGCGACAAUAUAAAGCAUUAAAAGCUCAAAUCCUUCAAACAACUGUUAAGGACGAACAGAAAGCAGUUAUUAAGAAGUUGAAGGAGGAACAAAGACGUAAAUUGGCACUUUUAGGUGAUCAAUACGAGCAAAGUAUCGCUGAAAUGCUUCAAAAACAAAGUAUACGGCUAGAUGAGUCACAAGAAGUAGAAUGCCAUAAUCUUAAGGAAAGAUUAAAUUAUGAAUUAGAGAUUUUGAUGGCAUACCAAUCAAAAAAUAAAAUGCAAGCCGAGGCACAGAGAAACAGAGAACGUCGCGAAUUGGAAGAUCGCGUCUCUGUUCGACGAGCCUUGCUUGAGCAAAAAAUGGAAUUAGAAACUCAGGAAUUUCUCCGUGAACGUAGCGAACGUAUACGUCUGUUGCACGAAAGGCAAGAACGGGAACUGCAGCAAUUUGAUGAGGAAAGUGCAAGAAUAGGAUUUAGUGCUCUGGCGAUAGCUGAGGCAUCAAAAGAAUCUUAUCCGGACGAUGAAAGCCUCAGCGGCUCCAUGUUAAGUCUGGCUCACAGUAAUAGCUCUACAUCCUUCCCCCCUAAUAGUCUUUAAAUGUAAUCAUAUAUAUAUAUAUAUAUAUAUAUAUAUAUAUAUAUAUAUAUAUAUAAUAUAUAUAAAUAUGUUUGCCUAUAGUAAGUACAUGACGAGUCUGCCGACGUAUAAUAAUUCGAUGACUUACAUAUAUAACAAGGUCGACUCGUUGCGUGCAUUAAUCCGAACCUAAGAGGUUUGUUAAAGUUGGGAAUGUGUAUUGGACUGAAAUUAUUAUAACUGCAUAUUUUUUAAUCGUCAAGAUAUAAUUUAGCAGAGAACAAUAUAAUUUAUAUCAACAUAAUUCAUAGCAGAGAAAAAAAAA